CAGGCAAAGGCAUCGGGCACUCGGCUGCCCAAAGAGCGAUUUAAUUCACACAAAGCGGGAUCUACACAAAGCGGGGGGGAAGGCAAGGUCGGUUUCCGCUCUGCACAUUCCGACCAUUACGCCGUGCCUGUCUGUCUGUAGCAUGGCAGUGCCCAAGAACUGCGGUAUGCUCAGUGCCACGGCGAUUUCUACUACCUGACACAUAUUGUCCGGCAAUUGAUCGCUCGGAUGUUUUGUGCUGCUGCUGCAUAGUUGACAAACCCCUACGUGGCCAGAUCAUUGGUGGAUGUAUAAUACAGACAGCCGUCUGGGAUUAUCGCAGUGAGGGGAGCCCUCGGAUAUUCUUGUCGCUCCCAUAUUUCAUUGCUGCUUUCGGUCUUGGGGAAGAAAACGAGCGAGUGUGAGAAUCUCUGGUGGAGAUGGAUUGUUAACCCUUUGCAAUGCGAUCGGGGAUGACUUGCUCUGUUUAAAAAUGCUGCUUUGGAUCCUGCUGCUGGAGAUAUCUCUUUGUUUUGCAAGUGGAAACGUUACCAGGGACGUUUGCAAAGAAAAGCUGUGUUCUUGCAACGAGGUAGAGGGGGAUCUGCACGUUGACUGUGGGAAAAAGGGAUUCUCCAACCUUCAGCAUUUCUCAGCUCCUACGUCCCAAUUUUACCAUCUGUUCCUACAUGGGAAUUCUUUAACGAGGCUUUUCCCUAAUGAGUUUGCCAACUUUUACAAUGCCGUCAGUUUACACAUGGAGAACAAUGGUCUGCAUGAGAUUGUGCCCGGUGCCUUCCUGGGGCUGCAGCUGGUCAAGCGCUUGCACAUUAAUAACAACAAGAUCAAGUCGUUCAGGAGGCACACGUUCCUGGGACUAGAUGACCUGGAAUAUCUCCAGGCUGACUUCAACCUGCUAAGAGACAUUGACCCGGGGGCUUUCAGGGACCUGAACAAGCUAGAGGUUUUGAUUUUAAACGACAACCUCAUUAGCACACUACCUACUAAUGUGUUCCAGUACGUGCCCAUCACACACCUGGAUCUCCGGGGGAACAGAGUUAAGACCUUGCCCUAUGAGGGGGUCUUGGAACAGAUCCCAGGCAUAGCCGAGAUCCUUUUGGAAGAUAACCCAUGGGACUGCAGUUGCGAUCUUUUAUCCCUAAAGGAGUGGCUAGAAAAUAUCCCAAAGAAUGCACUGAUCGGCAGAGUCGUUUGUGAAGCGCCCACCAGGCUUCAAGGAAACGAUCUGAAUGAAACGACAGAACAAGAAUUGUGCCCCUUAAAAAACGCAGUGGAUUCGAGUUUGGCCGCCCCUCCUGCCCAAGAUGAAACCUAUGAUCCUGGGCCAAUCCCGACCCCUUUUAAAAUCAGUGGACAAGAAGAAUCUGCCACUCCAGGCUCCUCAGCAAGUGGGGGCACCAAAAUCCCUGGGAACUGGCAAAUAAAAACUCGCCCUACAGCUGUCAUGUCGGAAAUUCACUCUCAUCUGAAACCACCUCAUGCCUUUGCAUGCCCAGCUGUCUGCAGUUGUGGGCAGCAAAUUCUAGGGCCUGGAUUGAAAGUCGACUGCAGUAACAAAAAUGUUAAAAGCCUGGCUGACCUGGAUCCCAAACCCCCAAAUGUACAGGAAUUAUUUCUGAGAGAGAACAAAAUUCACACUAUUCGCAAAACCCACUUUGUGGAUUAUGUUAACCUAACUUUGCUGGAUCUGGGAAACAACAACAUAGGAAUGGUGGAAAACAACACCUUUCAGAAUCUAACUGAUCUCCGCUGGUUGUAUAUGGAUAAGAACUGUAUAGACACUCUUAUGCCUGAUAAAUUCACUGGUCUGCAGAGCCUGGAGUAUUUAAAUCUGGAAUUUAACUUUAUUCAGCUGAUUCUCCCAAACACUUUUAAUCCAAUGCCUAAUCUUAGGAUCCUGAUCCUAAACAAUAAUCUUCUUAAAUCUCUGCCUGUGGAUGUGUUCGCUGGUGUAAGUCUUUCAAAAUUAAGUCUUCACAAUAAUUACUUUAUGUAUCUCCCAGUGGCUGGGGUAUUGGAUCAGCUCACUUCUAUCAUACAGAUAGAUCUACAUGGCAACCAGUGGGACUGCUCCUGCAAUAAUGUGCCUUUCAAACAGUGGGCAGAGCGCCUUGGCCCAGAGGUAAUUGUAAGUGAUCUCAAAUGUUAUUUCCCAGAGGAGUUCUGGGGAAAAGAUUUCAGGUUUCUUUCCAAUGAUAUGAUGUGCCCACUGCUGUAUGCAAAAAUGUCCCCAACUCUUAAUUCCCUUCAUAAAAAUAGUACUGGCUUAGCAGAGACCAACACUCAUCCCAAUUCCUACCUAGAGACCAGCAGGGUGUCCAUAUCUGUGCUGGUCCCUGGACUUCUGCUGGUGUUUGUUACCUCUGCCUUUACAGUAGUUGGUAUGCUCGUUUUUAUCCUUAGAAACAGAAAAAGAUCGAAGAGAAGGGAUGCCAACUCCUCUGCUUCUGAAAUCAAUUCCCUCCAGACAGUAUGUGAUUCUUCAUACUGGCACAAUGGACCCUAUAAUACAGAUGGCACCCAUAGAGUUUAUGAUUGUGGCUCCCACUCUUUGUCAGACUAGAUUUGCCAGGGUGGGUUAUGGGCAGAGUGGUGAGAGGGUUUGAGUGGGAGGAAACACUGCACCCUGAUGCUAUCACUUCUUAAAUGGACGCAAAUGUUGUUGUGCAUUGCUGUAACAUUCGCUACAAUUGUGCCAUUUCCAUGAAAUAGGAAUUGUUUCAAAGCUACCUUAUUGUGAAUAAAAAAAAACAAAAAAAAAAAA